CUCAAAGAAACAUGGUGAACUACAUAGUGUAAUCAGAAUCUUUAGUUAAUAUCUUCAUUUAUUAAAGAUUAUUUGAUUAUUUUUAUCCUAAAAAAAGAGGUGUAGUAUCAUACAUACAGAAUGAAGUGGAUAUUUUUUGGUGUCACAUUAAUAAUAUGGUGUUAUAUAAUAUCUUGUCAGGAUAUUGUAUUUCCAACUGAAGAAGAAACGUCUCACGUAAGCGGCAACAAUGCGACGAUAACAGAACGUAUACCAGUAUAUUCACCAGAUACAUGUCCUGAAAAUAUGCUUCUUUAUCCUGGAGAUGGAAAUAUAAGUACAUGGAUAUGUGAUUGUAGACCUACAUUUUUAUAUUUUCCAUUGAAUAACAGUUGUCAUGAAGCAUAUAGGCAAGGACCAUGUACACCACAGAAUUAUGUUGUACUUCCCAAGAAUGAAGUUGUACCAAAAUGUGUAAAAAAUCCUUGUCUAGAGGAUGGAUUAGUACCAUAUAAUAACACAUGUUAUCGUCUAAAAACUAUAGAUAGUCCUUGUAAUCCAGAUGGAAUUAUAGCAGUGAAUGAAACUACAUUUGAAUUAGAAUGUGUACCAACAGACAUUGCACCAUUCAUAAUAAUUCAAGCACCUAAAAGGCAAUGUCCUGCAGGAAGUCGCAGAAAUUCUCUUGGAAUAUGCAGAGAAACAGUUGGAAUAUGAAGUAAUAUAUUCCAGUCCAUCAAAUGUUUGUUUUUUAUA